UCCACGCCGGGAGGAAAAUCACGUAGGAAUGGAAGUGUCCAAAUACCGCAAAAUUACUGCUCGUUAUCUGAUAUGCUGUCAAACCGACUAUGAUAAUAAUUAACUCGGACUACAACAACAGCUAGCUAGCUAGCACGCUAACAGGAAGUGUUUGGGGUUUAAAGCCCAAAGUAACGUUAACAGUUAGGGCACAGACGGUGAAACGGUCCACUUAACUUCAGCUGACGUCAACAGGUUCGUGCGGAGCUGUCCCAGUCAUCUCAUCUGAUCUGAAACACCAUCAUCACAUCUACUGAUCUUCCAGCAUGGCUAACACAGACUCCGUCAAUGUGCGGGUCCUCUCUCUGAACUGCUGGGGGAUCCGCUACCUUAGCAAACACUGUCUUCAGCGCUAUGCCAUGAUUGGAGAUAUGUUGUGCAGGGAAGAGCAUGAUAUUGUCUUACUGCAAGAGGUGUGGAGUGAGAAAGACUAUCUCUCCUUGAAAAAGAAACUCGCCUGUUGUCAUCCUCACUCUCAUUAUUUCAAAAGCGGAGUCAUCGGCAGUGGACUCGCCAUUUUCUCCAAACACAGAAUCCAUGAUACAUUUCUUUUUCGCUACUCACUGAACGGUUAUCCUUACAUGGCCCACCAUGGCGACUGGUUUGGAGGUAAAGCUGUUGGGAUGGCUGUCUUAAGCAUUGGCAGUCUGACUGCAAACGUCUACGUGACUCAUCUGCAUGCAGAGUACUGCAGAGACAAGGACUCUUAUCUACCUCACAGAGUGGUUCAGGCCUGGGAGCUGCAGCAGUUCAUUCGCCACACCUCAGCUGGAGCAGAUGUGGUGAUUCUAGGUGGUGACCUCAACAUGCACCCUCAGGACCUCGGCAACAGACUACUGAGGUCUUACACUGGACUCAAGGACUCUUAUUUAGAGACGGCUAAAUUUGAUGGGUGUGAGGACGGUAUCACUUUAAUAGCUGACAACCCUUUCAUCAAUAAAAAGGAGCUUUGUCCAUUUGAGAAGGGAAUUCGGAUCGACUACAUCCUGUUCAAGGGUUCUCCCAAAACAGACAUCUACUGUGAUUUCAUGUCCACCACCAACGGCUCCGUCCCUGAUCAUCCAUUCCCGUACUCCGACCAUGAGGCUCUGACUGCUGGGUUUAGGCUGGAGACACACACUCCAACUGAGACAGGAAGUGACAGGCAACCAAAGAAUCAGGACUCCGCUGCAGUCAUGUCUUCAGUGAAGGUGGCCGAGCUGGUGGACAUCGUGACAGAGGCCCGUACAGAAGUCAAAGUGGGUCUGCACUGUGCUGAGAGGAUGCGCUACACAGCCACACGCACCGGAGUGAUGGGCUUGGCUCUGCUGUUCGUGGAGCUGGCCAUCGCCGCCGUGCCCUGGUUGGCCCUGGGAGCAGAGCAACCUUUCCCUCGUACAUCCUUCUACCUGCUGGCCGCAUUGUGCUUCGCCAUCCUGCUGACCACCUUCCUGCUGUACAUCUUCUACACAAUGGAGCUGAAAUCUCUUCAAGGGGCUGAAGACCAGAUGAGACUGGCUGUAGGAAGUCUGCAGGAGAAGCUCAGGGGCUUUCCUUUGGCUCAGCCCCACAGCGCCCAGCGGAGGCCCCCAGAGGGUCAUGAGCCCAGCGCUUUUGACCCAGAGGAAUAAAACAGGAGCCAACUGGGUCAAAGUGGGCUCACUGGAAGGAAGCCUUUGAAGUGAGCUUAAAGAUGGAUGUUUGAAGGAGGCAUUUAUCCUCUGAAUGUGUUUUAUGCUCUUGAGAUUAAGUACUGCUGAAUGAAGGAGUUCUUGAAGGACGUUUCUGAAAGUCGUGCAGGACACAUGCUUUGACCUUUUUUUAUACUUUUUAUAUACUCGUCUUUAGCCUUUUUUUACCCCUAGACCUCCCUCUAUGCACCUCAGCAAACACGCUUCCUGUUACACAGUGUGAUACAUCUGUGCUACUGCUGUUCUUAAAGGUCACGAACUUGACCGUUUGUGUUUCUUAAGCAUGAGGUCUGACCUGCAUUCCACCCACCAGUAGUUUUAGUGGGACCAGUUGUUUCUGUUUAGAAUUUCAUGCUUCCCCUUUUGUGAUUUGGAGAGUCCACCAAAUAAUCAUAGAUGGUCCAGACAGCUUGCUGCUUUACUUUAAGGUCCAGUGUGUAGGAUUUAGUGUGUUUUUAUUUAGUGUAUAAUCACCUGAAAAUGAGAGUCGUAUGUAUUCGUUACAUUAUUACGAUCUAAUUAUUUUUACAUAGGGAGUGAGUUCUCGUCCUCGGAGAUCGCCAUGUUGCACCACCAUGUUUCUAUGGUGGCUUAGAAUGGACAAACCAAACAUUAGCUCUAGACAGGGCCAAUCGUGUUUUCAUGUCAGCCACUGUAGUGAGCAGCCCUUCUGCGAUGAGCCAAACAGUGUCGGGAAAACACUGAUUUUUAAUGUGAAACUGCUUUAUUCAGUGUUUUUACCAGUUUAAAUCAAUGUUUGUUCUAGAGAGGAGGAGACCUGUGGUAAUUCAGCUCCCAAAAAAUCUCCUGAAUGUCUGGAUUUUAAGUUAUCAGACUAAAAAGAUGAGUAAAAAUUAGCAGGUGCUGGGCUAGCAGCCUGUCAACGAGCCGAACUGUGUUGGUGAAACACUGAUUUGUAACGUGAAACUUCUAUAAUUCAGUGUUAACAGUUUUAGGAUCUAUGCCAAAAAUGUACACCAAAAAAUACUCAAUAAGGCUUUUACCUCACCAUCUGCAUCGCCGAUUUCUCCUCUCCAAAAUGUCUGUAAGCAUGGCUCAAAGUUUUUCCCAUCAAGUCUGAUUUUAUAGAUCACAACUGUUGCGUCGGAAGUGGUGCUUGCCUCUUUCAGGCCUUGUUUUGUGCGUAGGCAAUGUUUAUAAAUGAGAGCCCUGGUCCGUUUGUACUCUGCGGGUAAUUCAGCUCCCAAAAAACCUCCUCAACAUCUGGAUCUUAAGUUAUCAGAGUAAAAAGGUGAGCACACAUUAGCAGGUGCUGGGCUAGCAGCCUGUCAAUGAGCCGAACUGUGUUGGUGAAACAACGAUUUGUAACGUGAAUCUGUUUUAUUCAGUGUUUUUACUGGUUUAAAUCACCUGGUCCAUUUGUUUCGGAGAGGACGAGACCUCUGCGGAUAAUCCAGCUCCCAAAAAACCUCCUGAACAAUAAACACUGAAGGAAUCCUCACAGGGAGUUCACAUGUGGCACUUAGUUGGUUGCAGUUUUUAACCUCACCACUAGAUGGCACUAAAUCCCACACACUGCUCCUUUAAAGAAAGAAGCCCAGUGGUCUCCACUGCACAGAGGAUACACACUCCGAAUGUUAGAGGUUUACAUUUCUUGGUCUGUAACAUUUUUUCUCUGCAGGACAGAUUGUCAACAGCCUCCAGUAGCACUUAGAAACAAAGACUCAUGCACAGGUUCAGACUUUUCAGUAGCUCCCCUGUAGGAAAAGGGACAGACUCUAUCUGCAUGCCUCACGUUCACUGCCUUGUACUGGAAAGUAUUUUUAUGUUAGACAAUCGACACUCCACUUUCCCAUAAUAUAACAGUGGGAUUUUACAUAAGAUAUUCUGUCAUGUACUUCUAACUUUGACCUAAUUUGAUCACGUGAAUUAUUUAAAAGAAAAAACAUCAUGUACUGUAGAAGAAUGUAAAUGCUUAAUAUAUCUUUAGUGUGCAGUGCACUUAGCUGACUAACCAGGUAAACCACUUCCUUUUAUGUAAGAUAGGACAUUACUUAAUGAUACAUAUCGCUGUGAGACAGUGUUAUGACUCAUUAGAAAGCAAACAAUGAUUGAUCAUUUUUAAACCUUUAACCUCAAUAUUAGAAAAGCAUUUGGUAGUUGUUCAUUUCAUAAAGGUAAAAUAAUUUAAAUAAACACCUGAUGUUCAUUCCAACAGGAAAACUGUAAUGGGCAUGACUAUGAAAGCAAUAAUAAAGACUUUCUACUCACGCUU